ACCCGCCAACUGACUGGGACUGCUGUGUGCUGGGUUGGUUCAGACGACUUCAAGAACCAUGCUGCCGGUCUCCGACCACCUCACCGCUGCUCUGAGUGGGCUCCCCCUGACCCUCUCACCCGUCACCGUCGCCUGCGCCGUUGCACUCUCGUAUUUGCUCGCUCUGGCCGUCUACCGUCUCUACCUGCACCCGCUGGCCAAAUUCCCCGGUCCUAAGCUCGCUGCCCUCACUUCGUGGUAUGAGGCCUACUACGAGAUUGUCCUCAAAGGCCAGUACUCGCGCAAAAUCACUGACCUGCAUGACAAAUAUGGACCCAUCAUCCGCGUCACCCCCCAUGAGCUCCAUAUCAGAGACAGCCGAUUCUUCGACCAGUUCUAUGCAAAGAACCAGAGGCUCGACAAGGAGGGAUGGGACAAGCGCUUCGGCAGUCCCCAUGGCCUCAUCGCCACCGUCAAGGCCGACCACCACAAGCGCAGACGUGCCGCCAUCAAUCCCAUGUUCUCCCGCCGCUCCAUUUUGAGCUUCAUCCACAUCAUCUACCGCCACGUCGAAACCCUUUCGGCUCGCAUGCAGGAAUUCGAGGCCCGCAAGGAGCCCUUGAAUCUGUCUCUGGCAUUUCCCGCCCUCACCGGCGACAUCAUCAUGGACUACUUCUUCGGCUUCAACUAUGGGCAGCUCGAGCAUCCCGAGUUUGCUUCCUUUCAUGACGCGUUCAUGAAGAUUGGCGCUACAGGCCAUAUUGCCACCCAGUUCCCUUCCAUCUUCCCGAUCAUGAACUCAAUUCCAGACUUCAUCACCGAGUGGAUCCAACCGGCCGCCAAGCCCUUGCUGCAGUUCAAACGGGACCAAUGGGCUCUGAUUGGGCGCACUCUAAAAGGCGAGGAUAUCAAGACAAAUGACGCGCAACGGACCAUUUUCCAAGAAAUCCUCGACAGCAAACUGCCCCCUGAAGACAAGACCCAUCAACGCCUGGCCGAUGAAGCCCAAGUCGUCGUUGGAGGUGGGGUCGAGACAACCGCCUUUGCUCUUACCAUUGCCUGCUUUCACAUCAUCAACAAUCCGCGCAUCUACGAGCGGCUGCACAAGGACCUCGUCGCCGCCUUCCCCAACCGCGCCGACCUCGACCUCGUCAAGCUCGAGUCACUGCCCUACUUCAAGGCCUGCAUCCAGGAGGCCGUCCGCCUGUCGUAUGGCCUGUCGGCUCGCAACCCGCGCACCUACGACAAGCCGCUUCAGUACAAGCAAUGGGUCAUCCCACCCAAGACGAUUGUGGCCAUGACUAUUCCCGAGGUUUCGCACGACGAAGACAUCUUCCCGGAUAGUUAUAGCUAUAUCCCCGAGCGGUGGUUGAAUGACCCCAAGACGAGCGAUGGGCUCCCCCUGGAGCACUUUUUGGUCAGCUUUGGGAAGGGGAGCAGGAGCUGUUUGGGCAUCAAUCUGGCGUGGGUGGAGCUGUACCUCACGCUGGGGAUGAUGUUCCGCCGCUACAAGUUUGAGCUGUUCGAGGCCGACGAGAGCGAUGUACGCGUUGCCCACGACUUUUUCAUUCCCGUGCCGAGGCUGGAUUCAAAGGGUGUGAGGGUUUUUGUCACGUCGACGCGUGAUUGACCGCGGGGACGAGAGAGUACAGGAAGAAACAUGUUGUUCGCAGAUUCGACGCAUGAUUGUAGAUGUCUUGGAUUGGUUGACUGUUGGUGGGAUCUAAUGUUUACGAGGUUCGGGAGAAGCUGUUAUUCAACGUGAAGAGAAAAAAAUGGGUAAGAUAGCUGAAUACCAGCAUCGCACUUUUGCGUCGGGGGCCAGAGACUUCCA